AUGAUCCGGGCUGUGCUGCUCCUUGGCUGUGUCCUGCUGUCCUCGGUGGCUGCCUUCCCAAGGAGAGCCCAGAACGGGGCCCCGACCUUCAGGCCGUCUUUCACAGAAACUGGGCAUCCAUCCAACAUCCUUUCCAGCCAGACCCUGCUCCCGGAUCCCAGGACCUGCCGGGACCUCUUGCACACAGCCCCCUCCUUAGCCCCUCUGCCUGAGUACCUGUCCACUCUAGCUCUGAGGGUGGCCCUGGAGGAGGUUGGCUGCCCAACUGAGGCCCACAUUCUGCGGCUUCAGCUCAAGUGCUCUGCUGUAGGCAUGCGCAGCCUCAGGCUCAUCAUGACACCCGUUGAACUGCUUCUUUGCUACUUCCUGCUGCUGCACCCGGUGGAUACCAUUUCAUAUGGAAAGCCAACAAAUGUCUUGGUGCACCCUUCCGUGUCCUUGGGAUCCUCAGACCCCUUGUUCUGCCAGACCCUCCUCCCAAAGUCCCUGCCUGGCUUCACCCACAUGGCCCCUCUACCCAAGUUCCUAGUAGGCCUGGUUCUAAGGAACGCCUUGGAGAAAGCUGGCUGCCCUGCUAGUGUCUGGGCCUUGCAGCUUCAGCUCUACCGCCAGGGUGGUGUGAAGGCUACACAGGUCCUCAUCCACCAUCUUCAAGAGCUUCAGAAAGGCGGAAGAACAAGGAGGGGAGUGUCAGUGGAAGCCCUGGCCUCUGCUCUGCAGCUGUUAGCCAGAGAGCAGCUAGGCCCAGAGAGGACCCGACGCUCCCUCCCCACCGAGGUCUGUGAUAAUGAGCGGGAACAAAGAGUUCAUGGUGUCCUCCAACUGUUGCCACAAGUGGGAACCCUCUACAACCUGGGCACAGCUUUGUAUUAUUAUACUCAGAAUUGCACAGACAAGGCCAAGGAACGAGGCCAAGAUGGGGCCAUAGAUCUAGGAUAUGACCUUCUGAUGGCCAUGGCUGGGGUGUCAGGGGGGCCUAUGGGUCUAGCGAUCAGUGCUGCACUUAAACCUGCAUUAAAGUCUGGGGCUCAGCGGUUGAUCCAGUAUUAUUAUGACAAGCAAAAAGCAAUUGUCCCUCUGCCAGAGACCAGCAUGGAGAGUUUAAGGGACACCUCAGAUAUGAGUGACUUGGAAGAAAUAACUACUUCAACUCCUUUGGUGUCAGAAGCAGUCACUUCAGCUCCAUCCUGGGGGUGGGCCUUCUUCAAGAGCUAUGGCAUAGAUCUUGGGGCUGGGAGUGUUGGGAUAUAA